CGCACACACCCCGUGGUUCCUCUGCCAUAAAGGGAAACGGAGAGUCGCCCUGCACUCUGCCCGCCGAAGCCACGAUGCGUCGCUCGAUCCCAGUUUUCCUUUCACUCGGUGUCGUUUGGACAGCUGUGGCAGCAUUAUACGAGAAAAGUGCCAAUGACUCCAAGGCUGUCUGCUAUGACCCCUAUACUCCCAUUGGAGGUCGCUGUUUGUUUGUCGCCCACCAGUCAACUGGAAACUGGUAUGCCAUGCGAGAUUACUGUAUCCUUCUAAGGGGAGACCUUCUCAAGUUGGACGAUGCAAGUCUCCUUACCGAUAUCGUUGAGUACAUUUAUUACCAAGUGGGUGAAAGCAAGGACUACUGGAUCGGGGGGAGUGACGAGGCCCAUGAGGAUCUUUGGCUGUGGACGGACGGAACUCUCAUGAGGACAGGUGUUCCCUUGUGGUACCAUUGCACCGGCAUCUCUCAACAACCAGAUGGUGGCACCUCGGAGAACUGUGCUAUGCUGCGCUGGGACUCAUAUUACUAUGUCCAUGACUCGUAUUGCUAUAGCGUACGGUCUGUCAUUUGUGAAAGCAAGUCACUUUAAUCUGCUAACAAGGUUGGCUACUGAAAAGAUAAAUACUUUUUUCUUUUGUAUCAUAUUGCGACAUCAGCCGAGAUCAUUGGCAGAGUAUACAAUUACCAAGUUAUAUCUAUAUACUAUGUAAGUUUGUUUUAUCAUGCUGCCUGUGGCCACACUGCCUUAUGCAUUUGUAACUUUCAUAAUCUGUUCUGAAAUCUGUUUUUCCUGUAACAUUACAAGAAUUAAUAUUCUAAAGGAGACUUUGAUUAUCUAGCAAUGUAAAAUAUUUAAUAUACACUGCGACUGAAUUAGCUUACACUUUGUAGAGAAAGAAACAUUCUGCAAAUAAAAACUGUUAUAGGAAAAAUAAAUUCUUAAGAUAGUACAUUUUCUCUCACAAUAAGGAAAUACUCAAAUAAGUUCCUGUGUUGUUGGAUAGAUUUAAUAUUCAAAUAAUCAAUUACAGUAAAGCUUUGUUCAACAAAGUCAAUUCAAACUUUCAAGGAAAUAUGUGUGUAGUUGGCCUCAAAUAAAAAUUAACACAUGAUUAUCAACAGAUUCUGAGCAUUUCACUGUAAGAACUUCACUACUCAAAAUAUUCACAUUCUAAUACACUUACUGCAGUUAUUGCCUUGUUUAUUUUUACAUUCUUUAAGUGAAAAUACCCAUCUCAUUACAGAACAUUUUCCUUAAACAUAUCCGAUUCUUUCACCAUGGUAUUCCUCAUAAGGACUUCUGCUUUAAUGAAAUGUUACUAUAUAUAUAUUGACCUUUAUUUUAAAUAGUAAUGUUCAGGCACUAAUGUCACUAACAGUGGGUUUCCAGCAAUUAUACCUGGAUUGAACAAAUGUAACAAAAUACAGAAUGAAAUUUCCUCAAUACUGGGCCAAAGAAACAUUAAAGGUUAGCAUUACACUACCCAUGCAUCAUAAAUUGAAUACAGUACAUAUCACAGUAGUUUUUACGAUGUACACUUAUUUCUAUAUAUGGUCCUUGGUCAGAAUAUUUGUAUAAAUAUUGUAAGAAAGAAAAAGAAACCAUUUGCCGCACUCAUUACUUAGAAAGGAAAAUAAUUUCUUUUUCUGAAAAGUCUUCACAUGUUCAUGCAUUAUGUCUUAUAUCAAGCAUAUUAAAAUAAGAAUUACCAGUAACAUUGUGGGGAUCCCAUGAAAAAAAAAAAAAAACAGCUAGAAUUGCCGUUACUCUAAAUAAUGUAUCCCAUAUAAAUCUGAAAAAAAAUUCUCUAACAUGCUUCACAGAAGUUUGAACCUUCAAUUAUUAUUAACAGGGAUGUACACUUUAUCAA